CGGGGCCGGGGCUAGGGGUGGGCCGGGGCCGGGAUACGCGUAGCCGCCAUGAAGCGGGACGUGCGCAUCUUGCUCCUGGGCGAGGCCCAGGUGGGAAAGACGUCGCUGAUCCUGUCGCUCGUGGGCGAGGAGUUCCCCGCGGAGGUCCCUCCCCGCGCUGAGGAGAUCACCAUUCCCGCAGACGUCACCCCGGAGAAGGUGCCCACCCACAUCGUGGACUACUCAGAAGCCGAGCAGACCGCCGAGGAGCUCCAGGAGGAGAUUCAGAAGGCAAACGUGGUGUGUAUGGUGUACGACGUGUCUGAGGAGGCCACCAUUGAGAAGAUACGAACCAAGUGGAUCCCACUGGUGAAUGGGGAGACUGAGAGGGGCCUCAGAGUCCCCAUCAUCCUGGUGGGAAACAAGUCGGACCUGCGGCCGGGGAGCUCGAUGGAGGCUGUGCUGCCCAUCAUGAGCCAGUUCCCUGAGAUUGAGACGUGCGUGGAGUGCUCUGCCAAGAACCUGAGGAACAUCUCGGAGCUGUUCUACUACGCGCAGAAGGCAGUGCUGCACCCCAUGGCCCCGCUCUACGACCCCGACGCCAAGCAGCUGAGGCCCGCGUGUGCCCAGGCCCUCACGCGCAUCUUCAGGCUCUCAGACCAGGAUCUAGACCAGGCGCUCAGUGACGAGGAGCUCAACGCUUUCCAGAAAUCCUGCUUUGGGCACCCACUGGCCCCUCAGGCCCUGGAGGAUGUGAAGAUGGUGGUGUGCAAGAACGUGGCAGGAGGUGUGCAGGAUGACAGGCUGACCCUGGACGGCUUUCUUUUCUUGAACACGCUAUUUAUCCAACGGGGGCGCCACGAGACCACGUGGACCAUCUUGCGACGCUUCGGCUACGGAGACACGCUGGAGCUGACCCCUGACUACCUUGUCCCACCGCUCCACGUGCCCCCAGGCUGCAGCACCGAGCUCAACCAUUUUGGCUACCAAUUUGUGCAGAGAGUGUUUGAGAAGCAUGACCAGGACCGUGAUGGCUGCCUCUCGCCUGCAGAGCUGGAGAGCUUCUUCAGCGUGUUCCCCACUGCUCCCUGGGGCCCCCAGCUGCCUCUGGAGGUCUGCACCGAGGCUGGCCGACUGUCUCUGCAUGGGUACCUCUGCCAGUGGACCCUGGUGACCUACUUGGACAUCCGGCGCUGUCUUGAGCACCUUGGUUACUUGGGCUACCCGACCCUCUGCGAGCAGGACUCCCAAGCCCACGCCAUCACAGUCACUCGUGAGAAGAGGCUGGACCAGGAGAAGGGGCAGACGCAGAGGAACGUUUUCCUGUGCAAGGUGGUGGGAGCCUGCGGAGUGGGCAAGUCUGCCUUCCUGCAGGCCUUUCUCGGCCACAGCCUGGGGGAUACCAGGGAGUUCGCUGAGGAGCGUGCCGUUUAUGCUGUCAACACGGUGCAGGUCAACGGGCAGGAGAAGUACCUGAUACUGUGUGAGGCGAGUGCAGACAGCCUGCUGGCCACGGAGCCCGAUGCCACCUGUGACGUGGCCUGCUUGAUGUUCGAUGGCAGCGACCCCGGGUCCUUCGUGCUCUGCGCUGAUGUCUACAAGCGCCACUACAUGGAUGGGCAGACCCCCUGCCUCUUUGUCUCCUCCAAGGCAGACCUGCCCGAAGGCAUCUUGCCGCCUGGGCUGUCGCCCACGGAGUUCUGCCGCAGACACCGGCUGCCUGCCCCUGCCCCCUUCUCGUGUGUCGGCCAGACCAGACUCAGCACUGCUGUGUUCACCCGGCUCGCCGCCAUGGCCGCUUGCCCACACCUGGCCCCCGGCGAGCUGCCCACCACCUCCUUCUGGCUGCGGGUGAUGCUGGGGGCUGUUGGAGCUGCCGUCACUGCCAUCCUCAGCCUCUCACUCUUCCGGGCCUUGCUGAAGAGCCGAUGAGGCCUCAGGGGCCCCCAGGGUGCUGGUGUGGGGGCCACCUGCUCGAGGGGCCUGCCUUCUGUCUGGGGACACCUGGCCCGCCUCCCUGCCUGAGCCCCAAGGGCCGGUCUCCAGGUCCUGGUAGCCUGUGUCCCUACCCAGCUGCAGAUGCCGAGCAUCACCCGUGUUGGGUGUCAUGUGUCGGAGGGAAUGGGUGUCAUGGGCGAGGAAGCCAGUGACCCCAGACCCAAGUAUUCUCAGGGCUCCACUCCUUUCUGGUCCCAGGCAGUCAGUGGUCAUGAAAGGGGUCAAAGGUUGGGGUGGGGGAAGGACGUGAUUGAUAUGAUCCCUCUCCUCCCUGGUUUGGAGAUGGGCCCAGCGCCUCACCCCUCCCGGAAGACAUGAGGUGGGGUCUCCUGAUUAAACUUCACUUCUGUCUUUUGCACCUGGGAUCCUGCUUUUUGAAGAGAUGUUUCUUGAAUCCACUAAAACACGUCCUUUGUCUCAGCAUGGGCUGGAAACC